CCGGGCGCGCCCGCGGACGGGGGAGGGAUGCGGCGGAAGCGGCGGCUCGCGGUUUGUUUGGGUUGUGGGCGGUGCGCUUACAGCCCGGGAAAAGCGGGAAAUGGCGGCGCCGGGCCCGGGCUCCAGGUCCGCCCUCCAGCAAAAGGGGCUGAUGGCUGCUGAUAGGAGGCGCAGGAUAUUGGGAGUGUGUGGCAUGCACCCCGACCAUCAGGAAGCCCUGAAAAAGAACCGAGUGGUGCUGGCCAAACAGCUGUUGCUGAGCGAACUAUUAGAACACCUCCUGGAGAAAGACAUUAUCACCAUGGAAAUGAGGGAGCACAUUCAGGCCAAGGUGGGCAGCUUCAACCAGAAUGUGGAACUCCUCAACUUGUUGCCCAAGAGGGGCCCCCAGGCUUUUGAUGCCUUCUGCGUAGCCCUGAGGGACACCAAGCAGAGUCACCUGGAGGAGCUGUUGCUCAGAACCCUGUCUGGUCUUCCACGUGCACCCCCACCGCUGAGCUGCGACUACGACUUGCGUCUCCCUUUCCCGGCGUGUGAGUCCCUCCCCCCUCACAAGCAGCUCCGCCUGUCUGCAGAUACGGUGGAAUACUCCCUAGACAACGGGGAUGGUCCUGCCUGCCUUCAGGUGAAGCCUUGCACUCCCGAGUUUUAUCAGGCACACUGUCAGCUGGCCUAUAGGCUGCAGUCUCGGCCCCGGGGCCUGGCACUGGUGCUGAGCAAUGUGCACUUCACUGGAGAGAAAGACCUGGAAUUCCGCUCUGGAGGGGAUGUGGACCACAGCACUCUGGUCGCCCUCUUCAGGCUCCUGGGCUACAAAGUCCACGUUCUGCUCGACCAGACUGCACAGGAAAUGCAAGAGGAACUCCAGAAUUUUGCCCAGUUGCCGGCUCACCGUGCCACCGACUCCUGCAUAGUGGCGCUCCUGUCCCACGGCGUGGAGGGUGGUGUCUACGGUGUGGAUGGCAAACUGCUUCAGCUGCAAGAGGUUUUCCGGCUCUUUGACAAUGCCAACUGCCCGAGCCUCCAGAACAAGCCGAAAAUGUUCUUCAUCCAGGCCUGCCGUGGAGAUGAAACGGAUCGCGGGGUUGACCAGCAGGACGGAAAGAACCACGGUGGGUCCCCCGAGUGUGAGGAGAGUGAUGCGGGUAAGGAGGAGCUGCUGAAGAUGCGACUGCCCACUCGCUCGGACAUGAUCUGUGGCUACGCCUGCCUCCGAGGUGAACGCGCUCAUCAAGGAGCGCGAGGGCUACGCCCCGGGCACGGAGUUCCACCGGUGCAAGGAGAUGUCCGAGUACUGCAGCACGCUGUGCCGCCACCUCUAUCUCUUCCCAGGACACCCUCCCACGUGACGCCGCCUCCCCGUCACCGGGCCACACUGAGGCCACUGGACCGCAGGAGGCGUGUAGAGCCUUCUCUUCAGGGUGCACGGUUUCUGCUCCGCCCCCUCGGGGACUGGGGGGGUCUCCCAGGCUUGUUUCACACGCCCGUCAUGUCCGCUUUGAGCCUGGCCUGCAGGCCAGCCCCCCGUAGGACCCGCUCUGGCUGGGCCUGCAGUGAGGAGCUUCGCAACUGACGUUCCCAGCAGUGUCUCCGUGGGGAGAGGGCACGUGGGUUUCCUCCGUGUUUGUGUCCAGUUUCUGCCCCCAGGGCUUUUGUAGGAAGCGUUUAGGCACUUGCUUUUAUUACGUUAGCUGAGAUGUCUCAGAAGUCAUCUCCUGUGUUUUCUUUCUACCCCAGACUUUGGAAGGUGUCCUGAUUUAACGGAGACAUUUUUCAUUUGGCUCCGAAAGGGCCAGCAGGACUGGAGACACGCUCUGCUGCUGUGUGUGCGGCCCUGAGCUGUGGGGCCGUCCCUUCAGUUCCCAGAGGCCACGCAGCCGGAAGACAGUCUUCUCCACUCCUGGCUCUUGGCGCUCAAGGAAUCCAGCCUUUCGGCAGAGGUUAGAGUUCAGACGCCGUGUUUCUGUAGCUUGUUGAUCUUGGCCCGUGGAAGUUUCAAAGGUCUUUUAAUUAGGUGUUCUUUCUCUGAGCUUUGUUCCUGAAGUGAGCCUUACAGAGAGUGUCAGCGGGGGCAGAUAAGCAUGGUUAUGUCGUACUUGGUUAUCUGUCUCCUCCUCCCUAGGAAGCGUCCCUUUCUGUAAAAGCUUCCUAGCUGUUAUCUCCCUACUUUCUGUUUCUCGGCUCUUUACCUUUAUUUCAUCCUGUUCACUGCUGCCGCCAAAUCUGUCUAAAAUAUUGCUUAAUUGGACCAUUUGGCUGCUCAAGGAUAGUACCUGAUUCCUCUUUCUGUUUCAGUAUUAAAUCCCUUUUUGAUUCGGUGGCCUGUUUCCCCUUCCCUUUCUCUCUCCCCAUUUUGGGGAGGCCAUUGCUGUGUUGCUGCACGUUACUCAUUUACCCUAGAAGCCGUCUGUAUCUAUGCUUGUAUGAAACUUUCCUGUUCUUUCAAGGCUUCUCUUUUCCUGCUGUUCUUCCCUCCUUCAGUCCAAUCUCUGUAUGACAGGUUUUGGUUUUGGUUUUAAAUAGAAAUCUGAUCUUAUCACUGCCCUGUUUGGAAUCCUUUGGUUUCCUGUCACUCCUCAGAUAAAACCCAAACACCUGACCUUGGCCCGCAGGGCCCCUGCCUGCCCCCUUGAACCUCAGUAAGUGCUGGUUUCCCUGUCAGGGACAGCCCCAGUGGCUUCCUCAUUUUCUCAAACAUUCUGAGCUCCUUGCCCCCCCCCCCCGACCCCAGGUGCUCUGCUGGGGUCCGCUGAGUGCCACUCCUCACCACUCUUGGCUCGAAUGGCUGCUUCUUUGAGCAUCAGCGGAAAUGCCACCUUCUUGUGGAGGCCUUUCCAGGCCACUCUGCCUCUAAAUAAUCUUGUCCGGUGUCUCUUUGUUACUGCGUCCUGUUUAAUCCCCGCAUUGCACUUACUGCAACCUAUAAUCAUAUGUUUGCGUGCCUCAUUGGUGCACUCCUAUCUCCCCAACCAGGCUGUCAGCUCCACGAGGGCGGAAGCCUUGUCUCUUGUUCACUGAGGUGUACCUAGUGCCUGGCACGUCGUAGGCCUUCAGCACGUGUUUGCUGAAGGAAGGAGGAAAGCAGCCCGAAGUAGAGUCCUACUUUUGGCGAAAUUUCCCUUUCAGCAGAAGGCACGGUGCAGUGCUUGUGCUCUGUAUCUCCCGUGUGCUUUGUUUCGUCCACUGGUAUUACUAGCUCCUGAAGACAAGUCACGUGUGAGGCGGCUUCCUCUACGUCCACCGUGGUGCCGGGCACAGCGCUCGGCCCCCAGGGGUCCAGGUGCUUGGUGAACUCUUGCUCUGGGAGCCACGUGGGUCAGAGACUUGCUGCCGAGUCCUGCCCUUGGCUCAGUAUCAUAUGGAAGUAUUUGGGUGACAGAACCUUUCCACUUCCCACUGCCAGGGUUUUGUAUUGCCAUUGGUGCCAAAUAAAUGCCCAUAUUUAUUAC